AGAAUUUUUCACCCCAGGUAACCAAGUUCCACAAGAUAUGACUGGUUAUGUGCAGCAGCUAAAACAACACAUGAACGAGCUCAAAAUAUCACUUCCACGCCAGCAGGAACGAACGUCAUACAUCCCACCACAACUGACAGAUUGCACUCACGUCUUCGUCAGGAGAGAGGGUGUACAACGGCCACUUCAACCCGCUUAUGAUGGCCCAUUCAAAGUUCUAAAUAGAAAUGAUAAAGUUAUCACGAUAGAACGACUGAAUAAAGCAGAAGCCAUCAGUGUCGACAGAGUCAAACCAGCAUUCAUCGACGAUUUCGAAGCCAACAAUAAAGACCAGCUGAACGACGUGCCAACAGCUACAUCCACGCAAGCUUCAACGUCGCCAGAGAAGCCUAUGAAAACUACACGCUCUGGUAGGAGAGUUCAUUGGCCUAAACGUUAUGUACAAAUCAUCAAUAUAUAACUUAUUACGAAUUUUCAUUUUUAUUAUCUUUAUUCGUAAUUGUCAUUUAACAACUCAUUUAACUGAUUAAUAUUUUCAUAAGUAAAUCACGUCACUACUAUUUUAACAUCGAUAUUCCCUGUAUUAUUACAUUUAAUCAUAUAGCGCUUAAUAUUCACGUAUCGUUUCCGUAUACAGACUACAGAUCCCCGGCUGAUUGUAUCAUUCCUUAUAUAUUCUACCACGAUCAUCAAUCCUAUUUUUUCUUUUAUUAUCGCAUUUAUUAUCGGCCUUAUUGACCGCAUUAAAUUGCUCAUUUUUUCAGCUUAGUAAAUCGCUUUCUAUGUACUAUCGCUG